AUGAUCGGAGAGCACUUCUCCACGUGCUGGUCCAUCUUUACGGCGGAAACCCUCGGAGCGACAAGUACAAAGCGUUACCGCAACUUACAUGAUGACCAACGGGAUGUGAAGUUUGAAAAAAUCAGUCCACCAAUGCAGCACUCUUCUGAUGGGCUCCUGGUUCAUCACUUGUCCUCCCAUCCUCUCACUCAACAGCUACUACAUAUUCUAUCUUAUGACGCAGAGUUCAGCACGAGAGAAGCUCAACCAGAAGACUUUGUCGCAGCCUUCGAAUCGGCGCUUCAGACAUUCGAGGCAACUAAGGAGUGCAAGAAUGUCAUGGAUUCGAGGUGGACAGUGGAGUCGGCUGAGGGGUUUCUGACACGCAUCAGACAUCUUGAAGUAGAGACAGACGAGGUGAUGGAGUCUUUCGAUGUGACUUCGUUAUUCACUUCUAUCUCAGCCACACUGGCUAUCGACAGUAUUGACGGUCUUCUUCGCGAAAAAUAUGGCAAGACCGAGAAACAACUCAGACGAGCGUAUAUCAUCGAAUUCCUCGAACUGUGUCUUAAGACCUUCUUCACCUUCAACGGCCAGAUGUACUAG